AUGGUAGUCAUUCUACCGAUACUGCUUUUCUUAGGCGAGGGAGUUUUUGGCUGCUUUGCUUUACACGAUGAUCUACAUGAAACCUCCGACGGAGGUACUACACUGGGAAGAUCGGAAAUCAACUGGACGACAAUGUACCUUUCGUUCUCUUUGGAUACUACGUUGCUAUGCACCACUCUCAUUAUCUUUCGUAUCGACGUUACUGUUAAGAGAUCUAUAGAGGGGAUCAGUGCUGCGGCGCGCGCCUACCGUGGUAUCGUCGAAAUCCUGGUCGAGUCCACCUUGCUCUACGCUGUUUCCUUCAUCUUAUCCUUCAUUUUUAUUGCUCGCGGCGGGGCUGCGAUGCGGGUUGCAUCAAGACAGGCUCGUCCCAAUGAUAGCUGGCAAGCAAACAAUGUCUCUACAUUGCAGUUUGGCUCAGCGCCUCCAGAGAACACUCAGACCGAUGGUAUCCUGAGCACCAGUGGGCGUGAGGCUGACCUGGAACAGGGUAAACCGAACCGUUAG